CAAUGAAUAAAAGCAUAACGGAAAGUACCGAUAAACGGGAUUUUUUCUCUUUCACUUUCAAUUUCUCUUCUUUUGAUUUAUUAUUUUCCCGGGUUUUACCGUUAAUGUCUGGUUUCCUUGUAAUUUUUUUCUUUCAGGUAAUGAUUUUCAACAUUUUAAGGAGUCAAUUGUUGCAAAUAAAAGCGCCAUAAACUAUUUUUGAAGACUACCCAGGUCAAAACAAUCUAACAGGUAGGCAUCUAACUACGAUCAUAUUGAUGUCGAGUAAUGAUUGGAUCCCUAAAUUUAAUCGAAAUUUUAGCCUGACAUACGAGACUUAUUUCUCUUUAGAAGAGAUUGCUCACACUCACAGUGUAACCAGGGACGUCAUUUAAUCUUUAAAAAAAAUUCCAAUCUACUCUAAUACAGCAUUUUAUAUGGACUCUUCAAAAUAAUACUGAAAAUGUGUUAAUAUGUGAUUGUUAUUUCUUCUGUAUUCAUCAUUGUAUACGCCCCCUGAAUGCUGGACCCUAGCCCUAGGCCUUGGUUGGACCUAUGUGAGAAAUCAGGCCCAAACAUCAUAAAAUAUUCUUUAAGGCUAUGGGCUUUGCCUAAUUCGAGGAUUUCCAUUUUCUUAUUUAAAAAAAAAAAAAAAAAAUUUAAAUAUAAGGCUAGUGUCCUUUGUGUAAAAGUUUGACUAAUCAAUCCUAGCCCAAACAUCAUAAAAUAUUUUUUAAGGCUAUGGGAUUUGCCUAAUUUUAGGAUUUCCAUUUUUUUAUUUAAAAAAAAAAAAAAAAAAAUUUAAAUAUAAGGCUAGUGUCCUUUGUGUAAAAGUUUGACUAAUCAAUCCUAUUUAUCGUAGGCAAAAUAAGUCAAUGCCCAGGAAAUCUUAACAAAAACUACAAAAUAGCAGCACUCAAGGCAUAAUGAUAUAUAUUGCUACAGAAUGAACAAAAAAUAAUAAUACCAUUAAAAGGCAUAAAUAAAGAAAGUGUUUAGAAUCGUGAGGGGGAAAUCCCAAAUACUUUUAUUUAUUGUUUUCUGAGAUAAAAAAAAAGAAUUAUAAUACAUGCAUAAUGAUACAUAUGACGCAUUUGAACAGAACAUUUAAAACAAUAUUUAAUUUAUUUUCUUUUUAAACGACGACAAAAUGAAGUCCAUAAUGUUAACAUCCAUUUUAUUGUAUUCCAGAAUGGCCGAUGGACCUAGAAAUACAAAGAAACACGAAGAUUUCGUGAAAGGGCCAGUUGGCAAAAAGACGGUGGAUGCAUUGCCUGGGGUCGGAAAGGCAAACGCCAAAUUGUUAGAAGAAAAAGGUUUCACCAAGGUAAAUAACUCCCUGAGCAGAUCCAGCGCCAAUCUCGGAGCACAAAUUUGAACAACAAUAAAAAGAAAAAGAGAGCAUUAAAAAAAUUAAUUGCCAUCUCUACUAUUUUUUAAAAAGAUAAGUAAAGCAGCGGUUCUCAAGUUUUUACAGUCGCCACCCCAUGAUAAUAUUUGCAAAGUUGGGGCGACCCUCAACAAGGGCCAUCUUGGCAGUAACAGAAGCUAUUGGGAAAAGAAAUGCACUCGGGCCCCCUAUUCCAGUCUAACCUAUUCAAGUAAUUCAUAGAGGACCCCUAUUCCAAUAUAAACUAUUCAAAUAAUUCAUUGAGAACCCCUAUUCCAAUCUACCCUAUUUAAGUCACAAGAAGUUGUCCGUCACAAAAAGAGGGGAUAUACUACAGUAAAGAUGGGAUACAGUAAAGAUGGGAUACACUAAAGAAGGGAUACAGUAUAGAGGGGAUACAGUAAAGAAGGGAUACGGUAAAGAUGGGAUACAGUAAAGAGGGGAUACAGUAAAGAGAGGAUACAGUUAAGAGAGGAUAUAGUAAAGAAAGGAUACGGUAAAGAGGGGAUUAAGUACAAUAAAGAGGGGAUAAAGUACAGUAAAGAGGGGAUACACUACAGUAAAGAGGGGAUACAGUAAAGAGGGGAUAGAGUACAUAUGGGAUAGAGUAAAUAUGGAAUAGAGUAAAGAUAGUAUACAGUCACGGUAAAAUUCAGUGUAAAGAUAGGUUACAGAGUAAUAUGGGAUUCAGUGUAAAGGUUGAAAAUCUUGUUUUAAAUUUUUUAGUUGUAUUAUUACGGUCACAUCCAGAUGAUCACAUUCAACUUCACGGUCAUGUCUAUAAAUAGACCAUUAUUAUUUUUUCUUCCUUAGGCAAGUCACGUGUUAUCCACGUUUAUCAGUAAGGAGGUGGAUAAAGACAGGGCUAAGUUCAAGGACGCGAUUCAACCAUACAGUGGAUUGAACGCGAGACAGUAUGACCAACUCUACAAGGGGCUUGAUGCAUACACUGGUCAGAACAUGUGAUCUUUUAUUUGCCACUGUCAACAUUAUUUUACAACGUUUGCAUUCAAAUACUCUAAGUGACACUGGCAAAUACUGACCACAGUUGACAUUGCUGGUGUUGAUGAAAUGUUGUACUUAACGAUCAAAUUUAUAUGCUUCUCAUCUUCGCAAACAUCUGUUUACAAAACCUGUUCACGCACACGCACACACACACACACAAGUUUUAACAAAAUUCUAGACCUUUCUAUUGGGUUGCCUACAAAAAUGUCACUAUUUUCAGAAGAUUGUUUUAAUUUAAAUACAUUAUCAUUGUCAUUGUCAUGGUUAGACAUUUUCUUGUCUUAAGUCGAUGCGCAAAAUAUCGGAGAGCAAUUAAUGACACGAAACCUUCUUCCUAAAGUAUCGUUUUGUCCACCAAAAAUCGUCCACAGGUUUAUAAGUAAUAUUAAUAUUUCUAAAUUAGCUAUCAGAAAUGCAUUAAAUUAAAAAUACACUAAUGUCUAUGACGAAUGUGAUCUUUCAAUUUAAUAAUAAUUUCUGGUAUUUUUUACUCAUAAAAUUAAUGUUAUAUAAAUACUUGUGUAAUAUUAUACGUGAAUAUCAAAUAAUAAAUAAAUCUUCAUUAUUCUCAUUACGCACAUUUUGAUUACAUCUCCUUUAAUAAAAAGUGAAAUAAAUAAAAGAAUGGAAAUACAAAUAAG